GGAGACCAUAAAAGGAGUUCUUUACACUAAGAAACACACUUACCUAUAGAUGUUUUGAGAGAGGAUGACAGAGUCAAAUUGACUUUUGUUAAGCUACAGCCACAGCUAAGCAAGAUUGAUUUUGAGUAUUGAAGGGCUGAAAAUGGACUUUCCCACCCCGUUCAUGAGUGAGCCAUGUUGAGAAGAAGCCAAAGACUUCAGUCUAACGGCUAUUACGGCAGCCAAGGAGAGCCGUUAAUCUCCUACAAGGACACUUUAUGCAGGCGACAGCCCCGUCCCCGUCCAGUCCCUGACAAUAAUGACCAAGACACAGUUGAAUACAACACUGAUGACUGUGACACUGUGGACUACAACUAUGAUGACUGUGACACUGUGGACUACAACUAUGAUGACUGUGACACUGUGGACUACAACAACGAUGAUCGCGACAUUGUGGACUACAACAACGAUGAUUUUGUUGACUACAGUAGUGACAGCAGCAGAGGUCUCUUUAGAGCCAUCAAGGCACUGGGACUUUUGGUCCUCAUGCUGGCCUUGUGUUUUGGAUUGAUUUUGAGUAUUGGAGGGCUGAAAAUUGACUUUUCCACCCCGUUCAUGAGUGAGUACUUGGUGAGCGGACAUGAACGGGUGGAAAGGCAGGUACAAGACAUUCAGGAUACCCGACCACAGUGCAGAUUUCAUCCGCUACGUCACGCUGCAUCUACUGAACAAGUGGGGCAAUUGCGAGUACUCCUGUCGACGCAGCUUUCCAGUUCAAAGAAAGCUGGCAUAACCAAAUUCCCAUGAAACCAUCUUUAAAAGAAAAGAGAGGAAAAAUGUGAAAGUGAAUCAGACUGCAACACAUAUUUAAAUAUUGUAUUUGAAAAAAAAUGUCCAUUUAACCCAUUUUUUUCUGCAGCGAACGUCCAUCCUACCAGGUAAGACAUGUCUGAUUAAGAUGUUUGCAGUCUGAUUCACCUCACCCCCAACCAGCCGUGGCAGAGGGCUUGCCCCUCCCUGAGCCUGGCUCUGCCAGAGGUUUCUUCCUGGUAAAAGGGAGUUUUUCCUCUCCACUGUUGCCAAGUGCUUGCUCAGAGGGGAUCAUCUGAUUGUUGGGGUUUUCCUUCUCUUAUAUUGUAGGGUUUUUACUCUACAUAUACAGUGCUUAACAAAUUUAUUACAUCACCUGUCAUAAAAAUAAGAACACCCCAAAUUUUUUAAACCUGUAAUUCUUACAUUAGGUGAUGUUCGACUAACUUUGUUAAGCACUGUGUUGUUGUGAAUUGGCCCUCAAUUGGAACUCAUUUGGACUGAAUUAAAUUUCUUGUAAAACAUAAAAAUUCUCUAAAUUGUCUCCACUGGAAAUUUAGAGAUAUUUUUAAAACAACAAGAAUAAAAUUUUAAGAAGAUAUUUUUCAUGUCUUUUGUUAU